GGCGAUUGUACGCGCAGUGACGGUGGUAACCGGUAUAAGUAAUGGUGCAAAAUUUAGUCGCACAAACUGCUAACCGUUUACCUGUUACACCCGUAUCCAGCUCAGUGACAAUCAAUAACUUGGCUCAUUACUAGCGCCAAACGUGGGCUGCAGCGGACGCACAUCGUUGCGCUCGUCCUCUUGUUUUAUUGCGAGCUCGACUCGGCAGCGACUAACCACAACAAACGGAGCAAUCCACGUACACGACGUGUGCCUGUACUGUCAACGGAAAGACAGUGCCGCGUGCGUGCUGUAGCAAUACGUUGCGAAUGCACAUAGCACGAUACAGGUGCAGUCGUAAACAUAGCAUCCCUGCCAUCGGCCAUACCAUGCUGGGAUUCCACUUCCGGCCACCGAGUGUGACGGACGUGUAAAUCAUGGGCUCCGUAGGAGCGGCUUCAGCGGCCCAGACGGGCCGCGGUACCAGGAUUUCUGCCUCGGACGACGAGUAUCAAGUUGUUUUGCCUAGUCUGCCAACAGGGCGUUUUGUUUUGAAUACCGUUUUUCUACACUGUGAUAUCAGGGCCCGCCCAUACCGGGUGGAAGAUUUUCGCGACGCGCUCGCCCAGUUAUCGCUCCUGCCGGAAGUGGCUGCUCUCGGGGCCUACCGUAUGAGCCAUGUGUGGGCCGUGACCUUCAAGGACAGCGACGCGGUGAAAAAGAUCGUCAGCGUUGGAGAGCUGCAGGUCAAGAAGGGCCGGUGUCUCGUCAUCGACCCCGCCAACCAGGACGUACGCCUGAAAGUGCAUUGGCUGCUGCCCAGCGUUCCUGACGAGGACGUACGUUUUGCCUUCGCGCCGUUUGGAAAGGUCACCGACGUAGUCCGCGAGCGCUGGCGGGUUCACGGCGUGACUGAUAAGAACUCAACAACAAGGCUGGUUACGCUGAAGUUGAAGCCGGGCGUAAAGCUCGACGACCUUCCGCAUCAGGUGAGCGUCGCCGGGGAACUGGCUCUCGUGGUUGUGCCGGGCAGAGCUCCUCUCUGCCUACGCUGCCGCGGCACGGGCCACAUUCGUCGCGAGUGCCGCAUUCCACGGUGUGGUGCCUGCCGACGCUUCGGUCAUGAGGACAGCCAGUGCGAGCGCACGUACGCUAGCGUCACCGGACCCGUGGGCAAUGAGGACAACUCCGCCCUACUCAUGGACGAGGCGGACAUGGAGGACACGUCGACCGCGGCGGGUGAAGCAGCUGACGUCGUGGCAAAGCCGGCGGUGCGGCUUGAACAGGAGGAGAAACAAGUCGCUCAGGCUGUCUUCACAGGACACCAACAAGCGACUGCAGAGGGCACCGCGGCCAUGCCGAAUGCUGAAGAGAAAACCCCACCUGAUGCGGAGGUGACCUCCUCCCUCGUUGAACCUGAAGGCAUGGACACCCUCACAGGCCCAUCUACCCAACCGACGGGAAAACGGCCCCACAACCAGACCGUUAGCCGGACGGCGAAACAGGACGGCAGCGGCGGCGACGAGCCACCGCCCAAAGCGACAGGUAUAAGGAGGUCGACCUUGAAGCUUCGGCCGAACGUUACGGUCGAUCCACGGCAGGCGGGUAAACCGCCUCCGUAA